UAUGGUUGGCAGAAAAGGCAAAAAGGAAAAAGAAUGAAGAAAAAAGAGAGAACAAAAGACCUGCAUAAAAAUGAUUUCUUCAUGAUAUGAGAAAGUGAUAAUGUCAUAUGGCCCGUGAGUGAGUGAGCCAAAGCUUAACUGCCUUCAAUCCCCACUCCUAAUUACAUGACAAAAUCCCAACUCCCACAUAUAGACAAUAUCCUGGCCGGCAAUCCUCACAUGCCACCAAAAUCCAACAGAAGAAGCAGCCCACCCUCCCUCUUUCUUUCCUUUAUAUUACCUCUCUAACUCUCUCUCUCUUUUUCUGUCUGUCCAUCUCUCUUUCUUAGAUUAUAGUAGCAAUAGGGAAAGAAAAGGCAGAAAAGAGGAGAAUUCAGAAUAGGGGGAUUAGACCCUUUUGUUGCCACGAAAAAGGUUGUUUUGAAUCAGUGUUUUUCUGUUUGCCUCAUUGCAUCCCCUAUCUUUAGCAACUGAAAAGGCUGAUCUGUUGUUGCAAGAAGGGUCUCUUUUGCCGAAUUUGACUUCAACCAAGCUUUUUUGGGAUGAGAGUUUACUCCUCUUUGAACCGUCGCUUUUAGUUUCUUUUGUUGGAAGAAAAUAAAAUCCCUCAUAAAAGCUGAACUGUCAAUUUUCUGUGAUUCAUUUGCAGAAUUCCCCCAAACCGUAUUAUAACUCGGUGGUGUUCACUCUUUCACCAUUACUGUGUGGAUCGUUUCCCUAUGAUAAGGUACCCACUAUUAGUCUGGUCUUUUUCUAUCUUUCUGCUCUCUUCUGAUUUCUGAUUCCUAUUUGUUGCUACUAUUUUUAUUUUCCUUUGCCCUACUCUCAAUUUGGUUCUCUCUCUCUCUCUCUCUCUCUCUCUCUUCCUCUCCAUGAUGCAAUUCACUGAAACCCCACCACAACCCUUGCACCAAAUUACUCCAUUUUCAAUUCCCACAAUGAACAAAAACCAAAUCCACCGGGCCCGUCCAUGGCCUGGAUUCCCUACCUCAAAGGGUUUAGGUAGCUUUGGUGAUGCCAAUUGCAUGGAACAACUUUUAGUCCAUUGCGCAAACGCAAUAGAAAGCAAUGAUGCCACUCUAGCGCAGCAGAUUCUUUGGGUUCUAAACAACAUUGCACCACCCGAUGGUGACUCUAACCAGCGCUUGACCUGUGCUUUCCUUCGAGCUCUUAUUGUCCGAGCAGCCAAAAGUGGCACUUGCAAAAUGCUUGCAGCAAUGGCAAAUGCUCAUUGCAACCUUUCUAUCGACAUCCACACUUUCUCUGUCAUCGAGCUAGCUAGCUUUGUGGACUUAACCCCAUGGCAUCGGUUCGGUUUCACCGCAGCAAACGCAGCAAUACUAGAAGCUGUUGAAGGGUAUUCUGUAAUUCACAUAGUUGAUUUAAGCUUGACACAUUGCAUGCAAAUCCCUACAUUGAUUGAUGCCAUAGCUAACAGGCUCGAGGGACCCCCAUUACUGAAACUCACAGUUGCGGGUGGUGCCACUGAAGAUAUCCCGCCAAUGCUUGAUCUUUCUUAUGAAGAGUUAGGCUCCAAGUUGGUUAACUUCGCUAGGUCACGCAAUGUAAUGUUGGAAUUCAGAGUGGUUGCUUCAACUUAUGCUGAUGGAUUCUCCUCUUUGAUCGAGCAGCUUCGCGUGCAACAUUUAGUAUAUGCAGAAAGUGGUGAGGCUCUAGUUAUAAACUGUCACAUGAUGCUUCACUAUAUACCAGAGGAAACAUUGUCUCCUCUUCCGAAUGCAAAUUCAAAUCUUUACUCUUUCGAACCAUCUUCCACUUCAUCUUUUCGAACCAUGUUUCUCAAGGCGCUACGCGGACUAGACCCAACAGUUGUUGUUCUAGUAGACGAGGAUGCGGAUUUGACAUCUAAUAAUUUGGUAUGCAGAUUAAGGUCUGCAUUCAAUUAUCUAUGGAUACCAUAUGACACUGUGGAUACGUUUCUUCCACAAGGAAGCAAGCAGAGGCAGUGGUAUGAAGCUGAUAUUUGUUGGAAGAUAGAGAAUGUGAUAGCUCACGAAGGCCUGCAGAGGGUUGACAGGCUUGAACCAAAGAGCCGGUGGGUGCAGCGGAUGCGAAAUGCCAAUUUUCGCGGGCUUAGUUUUGGUGAAGACGCGGUUUCAGAAGUGAAAACCAUGCUUGAUGAGCAUGCAGCUGGAUGGGGAUUCAAGAAAGAAGAAGACGAUCUUGUGCUUACUUGGAAAGGACAUAAUGUUGUAUUCGCUACUGCUUGGGUGCCUGCUUGAUGCUUUUCCUUCACAAGUUUAUAUUAAUCUAAUCAAUUUUUUUCUUGUAUUA